AUGAAGCAUCAUAAUGAAGAGCGUAUUGAGUGUAGAGAGGAGCGUGUUGAGUGUAGAGAGGAGCGUGUUGAGUGUAGAGAGGAGCGUGUUGAGUGUAGAGAGGAGCGUGUUGAGUGUAGAGAGGAGCGUGUUGAGUGUAGAGAGGAGCGUGUUGAGUGUAGAGAGGAGCGUGUUGAGUGUAGAGAGGAGCGUGUUGAGUGUAGAGAGGAGCGUAUUGAGUGUAGAGAGGAGCGUAUUGAGUGUAGAGAGGAGCGUGUUGAGUGUAGAGAGGAGCGUGUUGAGUGUAGAGAGGAGCGUGUUGAGUGUAGAGAGGAGCGUAUUGAGUGUAGAGAGGAGCGUGUUGAGUGUAGAGAGGAGCGUGUUGAGUGUAGAGAGGAGCGUGUUGAGUGUAGAGAGGAGCGUGUUGAGUGUAGAGAGGAGCGUGUUGAGUGUAGAGAGGAGCGUGUUGAGUGUAGAGAGGAGCGUGUUGAGUGUAGAGAGGAGCGUGUUGAGUGUAGAGAGGAGCGUGUUGAGUGUAGAGAGGAGCGUGUUGAGUGUAGAGAGGAGCGUGUUGAGUGUAGAGAGGAGCGUGUUGAGUGUAGAGAGGAGCGUGUUGAGUGUAGAGAGGAGCGUGUUGAGUGUAGAGAGGAGCGUGUUGAGUGUAGAGAGGAGCGUAUUGAGGGUAGAGAGGAGCGUGUUGAGUGUAGAGAGGAGCGUGUUGAGGGUAGAGAGGAGCGUGUUGAGUGUAGAGAGGAGCGUGUUGAGUGUAGAGAGGAGCGUGUUGAGUGUAGAGAGGAGCGUGUUGAGUGUAGAGAGGAGCGUGUUGAGUGUAGAGAGGAGCGUGUUGAGUGUAGAGAGGAGCGUGUUGAGUGUAGAGAGGAGCGUGUUGAGUGUAGAGAGGAGCGUGUUGAGUGUAGAGAGGAGCGUGUUGAGUGUAGAGAGGAGCGUGUUGAGUGUAGAGAGGAGCGUGUUGAGUGUAGAGAGGAGCGUGUUGAGUGUAGAGAGGAGCGUGUUGAGUGUAGAGAGGAGCGUGUUGAGUGUAGAGAGGAGCGUGUUGAGUGUAGAGAGGAGCGUGUUGAGUGUAGAGAGGAGCGUGUUGAGUGUAGAGAGGAGCGUGUUGAGUGUAGAGAGGAGCGUGUUGAGUGUAGAGAGGAGCGUGUUGAGUGUAGAGAGGAGCGUGUUGAGUGUAGAGAGGAGCGUGUUGAGGGUAGAGAGGAGCGUGUUGAGUGUAGAGAGGAGCGUGUUGAGGGUAGAGAGGAGCGUGUUGAGUGUAGAGAGGAGCGUGUUGAGUGUAGAGAGGAGCGUGUUGAGUGUAGAGAGGAGCGUGUUGAGUGUAGAGAGGAGCGUGUUGAGUGUAGAGAGGAGCGUGUUGAGUGUAGAGAGGAGCGUGUUGAGUGUAGAGAGGAGCGUGUUGAGUGUAGAGAGGAGCGUGUUGAGUGUAGAGAGGAGCGUAUUGAGGGUAGAGAGGAGCGUGUUGAGUGUAGAGAGGAGCGUGUUGAGUGUAGAGAGGAGCGUAUUGAGGGUAGAGAGGAGCGUGUUGAGUGUAGAGAGGAGCGUGUUGAGUGUAGAGAGGAGCGUGUUGAGUGUAGAGAGGAGCGUGUUGAGUGUAGAGAGGAGCGUGUUGAGUGUAGAGAGGAGCGUGUUGAGUGUAGAGAGGAGCGUGUUGAGUGUAGAGAGGAGCGUGUUGAGUGUAGAGAGGAGCGUGUUGAGUGUAGAGAGGAGCGUGUUGAGUGUAGAGAGGAGCGUGUUGAGUGUAGAGAGGAGCGUGUUGAGGGUAGAGAGGAGCGUGUUGAGUGUAGAGAGGAGCGUGUUGAGUGUAGAGAGGAGCGUGUUGAGUGUAGAGAGGAGCGUGUUGAGGGUAGAGAGGAGCGUGUUGAGUGUAGAGAGGAGCGUGUUGAGGGUAGAGAGGAGCGUGUUGAGUGUAGAGAGGAGCGUGUUGAGGGUAGAGAGGAGCGUGUUGAGUGUAGAGAGGAGCGUGUUGAGUGUAGAGAGGAGCGUGUUGAGGGUAGAGAGGAGCGUAUUGAGUGUAGAGAGGAGCGUGUUGAGUGUAGAGAGGAGCAUGUUGAGUGUAGAGAGGAGCAUGUUGAGUGUAGAGAGGAGCGUGUUGAGUGUAGAGAGGAGCGUGUUGAGUGUAGAGAGGAGCGUGUUGAGUGUAGAGAGGAGCGUGUUGAGUGUAGAGAGGAGCGUGUUGAGGGUAGAGAGGAGCGUGUUGAGUGUAGAGAGGAGCGUGUUGAGUGUAGAGAGGAGCGUGUUGAGUGUAGAGAGGAGCGUGUUGAGGGUAGAGAGGAGCGUGUUGAGUGUAGAGAGGAGCGUGUUGAGGGUAGAGAGGAGCGUGUUGAGUGUAGAGAGGAGCGUGUUGAGUGUAGAGAGGAGCGUGUUGAGUGUAGAGAGGAGCGUGUUGAGUGUAGAGAGGAGCGUGUUGAGUGUAGAGAGGAGCGUGUUGAGUGUAGAGAGGAGCGUGUUGAGUGUAGAGAGGAGCGUGUUGAGUGUAGAGAGGAGCGUAUUGAGGGUAGAGAGGAGCGUAUUGAGU